GCGCACAGCAGCUCACACGGGAGUGCGAUGGCCGAGGAGUAGGAGGCUUUCUGUCGGGCAUGUGCGAGUUGUCAAGAUGGACUGUUUGUCGUUGAUGUUCUCCGGGAGGCGCGAGACCGCAGCCGCGGGUUGCUGUCAAGCUCCCGGCCGCCAGAGGAGACGAGGCUGCUGGAGGUGGACGCCUCUGUUGGCGGCCGUACUGAUCAGCCUCCUGCCUCAGAGCACGGCGUUCCCCUCUUGGAGGACCGAGGAAGAAGCUUACACCACUGUGUUGCUCAUCGGAAUGCGCAAAGAGGCCCACUCGCAAGUGCUUCACCUCUCCAGGAACAAGCGCUACACCCUCACCCCGGAGCAGCUCAAAUGGGACAAGCUCAAGCUCACAUACAAGUUGCUGUCCUACCCAACCAACCUGAUCAAUGCCACAGACACACGUCGAGGCAUCGCCAAGGCCUUUUCCAUGUGGAGCGACGUCUCGCCCUUCAGCUUCCGUGAGGUGCCGGCGGACCAGGAGGCGGACAUAAAGAUCGGAUUCUACCCCGUCAACCACACAGACUGUCUGCAGUCCCGAUUGCACCACUGUUUCGACGGCAUCACGGGAGAAUUGGCUCAUGCUUUCUUCCCGCCGACGGGCGAGAUCCACUUUGACGACCACGAAUACUGGAUUCUGGGGAACAUGCGGUUCAGUUGGAAGAAAGGGGUUUGGCUCACGGACCUGGUCCAUGUGGCAACGCAUGAGAUAGGCCACGUGCUAGGACUCAUGCACUCUAGGGAUUCAAAAGCUAUCAUGCACCUGAAUGCAACACUGACAGGGCGCAAGCUCAUCACACAGGACGAAGUGUGGGGUAUGCACCGUCUCUAUGGAUGUUUGGACCGGCUCUUCAUCUGUCCGGCGUGGGCUCGUAAAGGCUACUGUGACAGCAAGCGCAAGCUGAUGCAGAAGCACUGCCCCUCCAGCUGUGAUUUCUGUUACGAAUUCCCCUUUCCCACUGUGGCUCCCACCCCAACUCCCCCAAGGACCAAACACAAGCUUGUCGUCGAAGGCAAAAAGCUGACUUUCCGUUGCGGCAAGAAAAUAGCAUCCAAGAAAGGCAAAGUAUUCUGGUACAAGGACGGCGAGCUGCUGGAAUACUCGCAUCCCAACUACAUUUCCCUGAAAGACGACCACAUCACGAUAGUGGCCAACGCCAUCAACGAGGGAUUGUACACCUGCAUUGUGAAGAAGAAAGACAAAGUUCUCACCAACUACUCGUGGCGGGUGCGCGUGCGAUUCUGAAUACACACACACACACAAUCACACAAACACACUUGGGCACAUAUUUCUAUCUUUUGUACUUUCUAUGCAACUGUACUGUUGACAGUCAUAGUGCAAAUCAAAUAAACAUUCCAUGAGAAGAUGCACUUUUGUGAACUGGCAAUGCAUGGUCGUAGACAACCACAACAUAUCACAAUAGUCAUUCUACAAAUGUUAUUAAAUUGGCGGCCCGGGGACCAAAUCCAGCCAGGGAAUGACAUCAUACCAGCCACCAAAUUUAAUUGAAAUAUUUUUGCAUCCAAUUCCUAAAAACAGCAAAACGCUCCUAGUAUCGGCCUUUCCAAGCUUUUCCAGGUUCUAAACCAAAGCCAGUGGGCUGAGCCAGGACAGGUGGUGCACUUUCAUACGCACAUCCGACUACAACUUACUAAGUCUUUCCAAAAAUAGCUUUAUUUGCAAAAAAAAAAAAAAAGUUUUUCUUUCCAAGGUUAACAAAAACAACUUUAACUACAUACAAAGCUAUAAACAAAACUAGGCUUAAGUGUUGCGUAAGCAGUGGUCAAAAAAUGUUUUCACCGCCAGUCCAGUGUUCCCCAUAAACUGCCAAGAUACCUGUGGCGGUGGGGGCAUGGCUAUGGGCGUGGUCACCAUGACAUCUUCGAGUACUGUGCAUAAUUUACUACAAUGAUUUGAUUUUCUCUAAAAAGGCUCAAAAAUGUAUACUUACUAAUUAAUAAUAACAGUUUUGUUUUAAACGUCCAUCCAUCCAUCCAUUUUACAAUAUAAUUACAACACUUUAUGUACAUAUUUAUAUACAGAUUUGAACAAUAAGUUAUUCACUGAAAUAUAUUUAUUAAUUGUGGUUCUUAAAAAAAAUAUAUCUUAUAAAAUAUAAAAGCUAAAAUGUCUCAAACCUCUGCCCCUUUAAUUAGUGCAUAUUAAAUAAUUUAACUUUAGCCUACUACUACAACCAUAUUAUUUACCAGCAACAUAAAGUGAAACAGAGGCAGAGGUGUCCUGCCACAGUCAGUAACAAAGAAACAGUAAACAGUAGUGGUGGUAGAUAGACACAGAGCUUCAUCAAACAUCUGAUCCACUGAACAAAGAGCU